GAAUCGAGUGCACUCUUGGGCGUGGCUGAGUCGAGCCUGGAUCUGAUUGGCUGGUUUGGACACUCGGUGUUUUUUUAAAAAUCGUAGCUGACAAGCGUUCAUGAACUCUCUUGUCAACAUUUGUUACAAAAAACGUCAAUUCAUUGUGUAUUUGCCAGAAACAAUGAGGACCACCAGUGAGUUUGAUUCAUCCUCUGAUGAAGAGGAAAUUUGUGAAGAGCAUCUGACACCUUUCCAGAUCUCCUGGUUGCCCUUGUCCAUAGUGGACUGUUCUCUGUUUCUUGGAAUAUGUCCUUUGCCAGGGUGCAAAUUCAAAGAUAUCAGAAGAAAUUUACUGAGAGAUGUUGGUGAGCUGCAGAACCAGGGGGUGCAGGAUGUGUUUGUGUUCUGUACCAGAGGAGAGCUCCAUAAGUACCGUGUGCCUAGCCUGCUGGAGACCUACAGGCAGCAGGGGCUCGUGGUGCACCACCUGCCCUUCCCUGACGGGGGCACCCCUGACCUGCAGCAGUGCUGCCAGAUACUGGAGGGACUGCAAGCCAACCUACACGACAACCGGAAGACUGUCAUCCAUUGUUAUGGAGGUCUGGGUCGCUCUGGACUAAUUGCUGCCUGUCUGCUGCUUCAACUGUCCGUCUCCAUGACUCCCAACAAAGCCAUCGAGAUCCUAAGAGAGCACAGAGGGGGUGGGGCCAUUCAGACAGUCAAGCAAUACAACUUCCUGCAUGAGUUCCGGGAAAAAUACUCUGCCUAUCAAGAAACCAAGGCAGUCUCAACAGAGCGAUCGGUGUCGCGGUGAUACCAUUCCCCUUCAACAUCAACCUAACUCUGUCCUUUUUAAAUUAAUUGGGAGUAAUAAAGCAUUGAAUAUUAACCGCU